AUGGCAUCCGCCAGGUUAUCGCCAACGGCGAAUCUCUUGCGGAAGUCCCGCCUGUUUGCCCUUCCGCCGGCCUUAAACCCGCCUCAGGAUCCGCCAACGUCCAAGGCUGUCCGCGAAUCCGACACCGCGACGCUCCCUUACCCGAUUCGAGCCUCGAUCGUGACACCGCGAACAUCACUAGCCAAGGGUGAUUGGGGUCUGAAGCGGGCGCUACCGGCAAAGUCGACUUCAGAAAAAUCUUCAAGACCGAUCGUCCGGUUGAACGCUCUUGACACCUAUGAACAUGUCACCGACUUUGACUCUGCCGCGGACCACACCCUUACCCUUCAAAAGUUCCAAGAGCUGCACAUGCCUAUAUCGCUUCCCUUCGAGAUGAAAUAUGCGACGAACGUUAUGCCGGAGCACAGAAGUCCCUUCGAACAAUCCCUCGACAACUCCGAGACUAGCAAGGGCCUGGGCGAACCGGGAGUCAAGCAAUACCGACACACCGGACCUUGGCUGGCUGGACUGACGGAAGCCGAGUUCGCAACCUACCUGACCACAGUAAGCCGUCGGAAGCCUGAGCUUCUGCGACAACUACGUGACCAAUUGGUUGAGAAGCGCAUCGCCGAGGCCCGGAAAAAGGCCCAAGACAACGGCGAGGAUUUGGAAACGCUCGCUCCUCCCACCGUCACGGAAGAGGACUUCCAACGGUAUCUCAAGACCUUGCGCGCAAACCCGACCGAGAUGGGACCCGUGCUCUUUAAAAUGUUGGACCUUUCAUCGUCUCCGGAUCGGCCCAAUGACCGCGUUGCGAACACCGCUUACGAGGCUCCCGGGACGAAUCUUGCGGCCAUCGACUACGCCAAGAACGGUCCUCCGCGCACACAUCCCUCUGCGGGCCUGUCAUAUUCGCGGUCGCACGCUCUGAUAUACAACCACCCCAAGUACGGACCGCAAGUCACCCAGAAGCCGGUCCAGGCCCGCAUUUUGCGUCCAAAGGGCCGGUUCAGGGGGCGUGCGUCCAGGGCCGUUGCGGGUGUGGGUGGUAUUGCAGUGGAGGAUUUGAACGGGAUGACCUUCCAUACCGACAUGCCGGCUGGCCUGAUGUCCUUCGACGCGUCCAUCCCCGGCGGUGCCAAAUACUGGGCCAGUCCAAUUCGGGCCUCCAUUGAUGCCGCUGGCCGAAUUCGCCUAGUGUCUAACCGCGCUUCGGAAAUGGCCAAGCUUCCUUACGGUAUUGAAGAAUACAAGCCAGCUGAAGGCACGAAUGUCUCAGACGUUGCCCGUGGUGCUCACGGUCGGGUCCCUCGAUUGGACCGGAGCCCGUUGAACCAGGCGCGUUGGACGACUCCGGCGAACCGACCGACUCGGCAGCCCAUGAAGGGCACGGAGGAUGUGGCUCGCAGCCUUGUGGAGAAACUUGGAUCUUAG